AUGGGGCUACCUGCCCUGGAAUUUAGUGAUUGCUGUUUGGACAGUCCUCAGUUCCGAGAGAGGCUGAAAUCGCACGAAGCUGAACUGGACAAGACCAACAAGUUCAUCAAGGAGCUUAUAAAAGAUGGCAAGUCGCUCAUUGCAGCGCUGAAGAAUCUGUCUUCAGCAAAGCGGAAGUUUGCCGAUUCCUUGAAUGAUUUUAAAUUUCGAUGUAUAGGUGAUGCAGAAACAGAUGAUGAAAUAUGUAUAGCAAAAUCCCUACAAGAGUUUGCUGCUGUCCUUAGAAAUCUGGAAGAUGAGCGCAUGCGCAUGAUUGAGAAUGCUGGUGAGGUCUUGAUCACACCUCUGGAGAAAUUCCGGAAGGAGCAAAUUGGGGCUGCUAAGGAAGCUAAGAAGAAGUAUGAUAAGGAGACAGAGAAAUAUUGUGGUGUGUUAGAAAAGCACUUAAACCUGUCUUCUAAGAAAAAAGAAUCCCAGCUUCAAGAGGCAGACAACCAGGUUGACCUGGUUCGGCAGCAUUUCUACGAAGUCUCUCUGGAAUAUGUUUUCAAAGUACAGGAAGUUCAGGAGAGGAAGAUGUUUGAAUUUGUGGAACCUUUGCUGGCUUUUCUGCAAGGGCUGUUCACAUUCUACCAUCACGGCUAUGAACUUGCAAAGGAUUUCAGUGAUUUCAAGACAGAGCUGACAAUCAGCAUACAAAACACAAGAAACCGUUUUGAAGGAACGCGAUCAGAGGUUGAGGCCUUGAUGAAGAAGAUGAAGGAGAAUCCCCAUGAGCACAAAAACAUCAGUCCAUUCACAAUGGAGGGUUACUUAUAUGUCCAAGAAAAGCGUCACUUUGGAACAUCCUGGGUUAAGCAUUACUGCACCUAUCAGAGUGACUCUAAGCGUAUAAUUAUGGUGCCAUUUGAUCAGAAGUCUGGUGGAAAGGGGGGAGAAGAUGAAGCCAUUACCCUCAAAUCUUGUACACGACGGAAAACUGAUUCCAUAGAGAAGAGGUUUUGCUUUGAUGUAGAAGCAGUGGAUCGGGCAGGAGUAAUUACAAUGCAAGCACUUUCUGAAGAAGAUCGAAGGCUGUGGAUGGAGGCAAUGGAUGGCCGGGAGCCGGUCUAUAACUCAAACAAAGACAAUCAAAGUGAAGGCACUGCCCAGCUGGAUAACAUGGGUUUCAGCAUUGUCAAGAAAUGCAUACAUGCUGUUGAAACAAGAGGUAUUAAUGAACAAGGGCUCUACAGAAUAGUUGGUGUCAACUCCAGAGUACAGAAGCUAUUGAGCAUCUUAAUGGAUCCUAAAACAGCAGAAACAGAAGAUGACAUCUGUGCAGAGUGGGAGAUAAAAACAAUCACUAGUGCACUGAAAACAUACUUGAGGAUGCUCCCAGGUCCACUCAUGAUGUAUCAGUUUCAAAGAAGCUUCAUCAAAGCAGCAAAACUGGAGAAUCAAGAAUCCAGAGUCUCAGAGAUCCAUAGCUUAGUUCACAGACUCCCUGAGAAAAACAGACACAUGCUCCAUUUGCUCAUGAAUCACUUGGCAAAUGUUGCUAAGAACCACAAACAAAAUCUAAUGACUGUCGCAAAUCUGGGAGUUGUUUUCGGACCAACGUUAAUGCGGCCACAAGAAGAAACAGUUGCUGCAAUUAUGGACAUCAAGUUCCAAAACAUUGUGGUUGAGAUCUUAAUAGAAAAUCACGAAAAGGUAUUUAACACAGUUCCAGACACACAGCAGUCGAAUUCACAGCUGCUUUUGUCUCGAAAGAGAAGUACAGAUUCAAAGCCUCCUUCAUGCAGUGAGAGGCCUUUAACUCUCUUUCACACAGUGCAGCCUAAUGAGAAGCAGGAGAACAGGAACAGUAUCAUCAAUUCCAGCCUGGAAUCAGUCAUAUCAUCCAACAUGAACAGUUUCCUCCGCUCCAACAGCACUCCUCAGUCUAAUAUGAACUCCAGUGACCCUGACCUAGAAGUGAUUAAACCCAACAGGCCAAACUCACUCCCUCAGAAUCCAAGUCCAACGUCACCCCUUUCACCGUCCUGGCCUAUGUUCUCCGCACCAUCCAGCCCUAUGCCCACCUCCUCUACGUCCAGCGACUCAUCCCCCAUCAGCUCACCAUUUCGAAAAGCCAGAGCUUUAUAUGCAUGUAAAGCGGAACAUGACUCAGAGCUCUCCUUCACUGCGGGCACAAUAUUUGAUAAUGUUCAUCCUUCUCAAGAGCCUGGCUGGUUGGAAGGAACUCUGAAUGGAAAAACGGGAUUGAUUCCGGAGAACUAUGUGGAGUUUCUAUAACUGUGGACUCAUUCAUACACAACAUUGCUGAGCUUUACAUGGUAUCCAUGACAACUGCUGA